AUGCCUGUUGUAAAUACAAACAGGGAAGAGACAAAUCCUCUGUUGACUAGGGUAGAGCAUAAUGACGAGUGCGCCUUAAAUUCUCCUGAAAGGACACAUUCUGACAUCGCAUAUCUGAAAAGUAGAAAGAGAUGUCUUCGCAUUGGCACAUGGAAUGUUAGAACGUUAUAUCAAGUCGGAAAAUUUGACUGUUUAAUUUCUGAGGCAAAGAAUAUGAAUUUAGAUAUUUUGGGAGUAUCAGAAACAAGAUGGACAGAAGCUAGCUGCCUAAAGAGAGAUGAUUACAUAUUUAUUAUUUCUGGAGGAGAACAUCAUGAACGUGGAGUAGGAAUGUUGAUGAAAAGAAAUUUAGAGAAGUUUAUUAGCGGGUUCUGGGCUCACAAUGACAGAAUUAUAUUGAUCAAGAUCAAGGCAAGACCUUUUGAUAUUGCAAUAAUACAGACAUAUGCACCAACAACUGACUACAGUGAUGAACAUCUUGAAGAAUAUUAUGAAGAACUACAAAAAACACUGAAAGUUGUAAAACCAUCAGAGGUCCUAAUAGUUAUGGGAGACCUGAAUGCAAAAGUGGGGAAAAAGAAGCAAAAACAUAUUGUAGGGCAAUUUGGCAUGGGAUCAAGAAAUGACAGAGGACACAGACUGAUACAGUUUUGCGAAGAGAACCAGCUCAUUAUCUGUAAUACAUUUUUUCAACAUCCACCUAGAAAACUGUUUACGUGGAAGAGUCCAGGAGAUAUAAAUAGAAACCAAAUUGACUAUGUAAUGAUUAGAGACAGAUUCAAAAACAAUAUCAAGAAAGCCAAAACAUACCCAGGUGCGGAUAUAAAUUCAGAUCACAACCCUGUGGUAAUAAAAAUACAAAUUAAACUUAAAAACACAGGAAUAAGAACGCAAAGGUCACCCCACAUAGACAUAUCAGCUUUGAAACAACCAGAAAUAAGCCAGCAGUACCUAGUGGGGGUUAAAAAAAAAAUAUGA